AUGCCGGCUUCAGAUAAGCGGUCAUCUAUCGGCUCCAUCUCAACACUCUCCUCGAGCACCUACUCAAUGUCCUCAUCCUCAUCCGCCCAUCCCAAACUGAGUCGACAGUCAUCGACCUCGUCGCAGCCUCGACAAACCCAGCCACAAGUCCAGCUGAUCCCGCAUGCCGGUAUCCCAACCUACCACGACUCCCCGCUGACAAGAGCGGAAACUGCCCUCGUCCGCGCAUCCGAGUCCAAGAUCAGUGAAUUUGACGACCUCGACCUCAGUUCCGCCGAUUUCGACUUCGAAGACGUCUUCACAUUCGACCGGCCCGCGCACUCCCAACGGCGGUUACGGCAGGGCUGUGUGGAGGUGUCUGUCCGUAGCUCUGGGCUCCCAUCACGGCAUCAUCGGCAUAACUCCCAUCAACGACAGCACUCGUCAAGACAAAGCGACAAUGCUGUAACGCGGAGGGACUGGUCUGACUUCAGCUUCAGCCACUUCGGCGGCGUUCACGAUACCAAUGUCAACCCAGUGAGGCAGAGCGCUGGCCACUGGGUGCGGCAGAAGCCUGGCAUGGCGGGAAUGCAGAGGGAGUUGGGGCUUGAUUUCGCAAGGAUGGGUAUCGGAGCCAAGUAUCUGAGGAACCAGCAGUUGUUGAUGCAGCAACGACGGUGA